GGGCGCGCGGCGUGGCCCGCGGGGACAGCGGGAAGCGCCGCGCCCCCGCCCCGGCCCCGUCCACCUGCUGCGGGCGCGGAGCCGCCGCCGCGCCGGCCCCUUCGCAGAGUUCCCCCAAGCCCCCUCAGCCCUUACAGUGCGGAGAAGGAGGGCCAUUCUGUCGCCUAGCGGGAGGACUUUGUAACCCACGCGUCCAGUUAGAGGACGGUAAACUGCUCGGCCCCUGCACCCCCGUCGGCGCGAGGGUGCUGGAGAGGCGGGGUGCCGUGCGAGCCGACGGAGAGGCUCCAGCCCCGGCGGCCAGUCCCGGAACCUAUCCCUCGAAUUAGCCGAGUCAGGCAGAGAGGGGGCGGGGAGUGCUUCCGCCCGUGCUAGGAGGGGCUGCAUUGCAGGGGAGACCCGGCGGCCGACUCAGUCACAAACGAGGGAGAAGGCGUGAGGAGACAAAGCCGUCUCAUCCCUAACGGCUGCCUUCAGGACCCUCCUCCUCUCCAGGCCAGAGCCGACCCCCGAGCCCCUGAGGCAUCCUCUCCAUCUUCGGAACACCCUAGUCAUUCAUUGAUAACAGCCAGGUGCAGAGAGCUCUUGAAGGGCGGGUGAACUGUUCUGAGAGACAACCAGCUGUGAACUAUCUGCAACCAGCUGUCAACCACAGAGCAAAGUGACCUGAUUUUCAGGGAAUUAUGAGAGAUCCUGUGAGUAGCCAGUACAGCUCCUUUAUUUUCUGGAGGAUGCCCAUCCCGGAACUGGAUCUGUCGGAGCUGGAAGACCUGGGCCUCUCAGCUACAUCUACCUACAAGAGCAAGGAUGGCAGCAGCGGCAGCAAAAUGGGCGGGCAAGCCACUGGAGCAGGGCAGAAGGGCCCUGAAGGUGACCCUCUCCUCGAGUACACCACCUUCAACUUCUGGAGAGCCCCCAUUGCCAGCAUCCACUCCGUUGAGUUGGACCUGCUUUAAGGCCGAGCCUUCCCUCUCCCACCCUGACCCUCGCCGUCUCCCCUUUUAAGCCCCCUCCCCUCUAAGCCUUCCACUUUACUCUUGUUCUCUUCUCUAUUGUGCUGGUGGUGCUGAUGAAUCUGCCAAUUGAAUUGUAUGUUUGUAUGUAUGUGUGUAUUUAUUUAUCUAUCUAUUUAUCUAUUUAUUUAUCUGCCUACUCCAUUUCCCUCAAGCCCUCUAGGUACAAAGUCAAGGGUUUAAUCAAUGGAGUACUAAAUCAUAGGGGUUCCUCCCCACAACCCUGACAAUAUUAAUCCCAGAAAACUGCCCUUCCUGGGGGCACCAGAGAGAAGUACAGUUAUGCAAAGUGGGAGGCCGAUUUUGUUGUUGUUACAUUUUAAUCAGUGUCCAAGAUAGUUGAACUUCCCUAAUUUCCUGCACCAUGCCAGUAAGCAAAUAUUUCUUCAAGAAGUAGUGAGACAAUUUCUACAAAACAGGAUUCCUAAAAGGCUGAGGUACUAAGUUCUGCUGCUUCUUCCCCAGAAACAUGGUGGUAGUUAGAGGUACAGAACAAGAGCGAACAGUUCAUCCUGGUGAAUGGAAAUGAGGAAAAGCAUGGACUCAUUUCAGAAAUUUUUCCUUUAACAUCCACCUCACAACUCUGCCCUCAGCUGUGGGUUGGUAGAAAUGUUCAGAAAAUCAGAUUUGAGACUUCACAGGAAAACCUUACUGUUAUAUAAUUUGUAAAAGGCAAAAAGUUUAUAAAAUCUAAAAAAAAAUAAAACAAAAAACCAGUAUUAUUGGAUAGUUUACAUAAAAUUGUGAUUUUGGUCAUGGAACAGGCAGAGUGCUUUGGUCCUUUGUGUUUCAGUCUUGCCUUUCUGUAGCUGAGUGUGGUAGGAAUCAGUGGUUCCGGGGCAUAGUUCUUCAGCUACCGUAAGCAACCACAGGCAGACCCCACACCUGUCCCCAUUUCUUCCAAAAUGACUGCAGCUGGACUGUGCUGCCAUUCAUUCAUUUCUUUAAUAAAGAUGUUAAAUCCUAA